AUGCGCUCCUUUCUGGCCUUGAUCUCCCUCGCGGCCAGCGCUGCUGCAGCCGGCGCCGAUGCGAAGCCCAACGUCAAGCCAUUUGAUCCCAGCUCAUUGAGUCUGCGGGAAGUUGGCGCGCGCAACACCCUGGACUGGCGCGUUUGGCUGGAGCAAGACGGCAAUCCGAUUUCGUUCUGGCACGACAUCCCCCUCUUCCCGCAAGGAAAUGUCUCCAACAUUAUCAACAUGUAUGUUGAGAUUCCCCGGUGGACCGAUGCCAAGAUUGAGACCAAGCGAAAUGAGCCGUUGAAUCCCAUCUUCCAUGACGACAAGAAGAACAGGCCUCGAUUUGUCUUCAGUGUCUGGCCCCAAAAGACCUACCCGUUCAACUAUGGCUCCAUCCCCCAGACCUGGGAGGACUCCACCGUCAUCCACAACUUUACCGGCUAUAUUGGUGACAAUGACCCGAUGGAUGUCUUUGAUGUCAGCUCGCUGGAGCCUCCGUACGUCGGACAGCUGAAGCAGGUCAAGGUCUUGGGUGGACUGGCGAUGAUUGAUGAAAACACGACCGACUGGAAAGUCCUUGCCAUUGAUAUCAAGGACCCCAUUGCUUCCAUGGUCAACAAUGUUGAUGAUUUGGAGGUGCUCCGCCCUGGCAGCAAACAGACAUUUUAUGACUGGUUCAUUUACUACAAGGUCAUCAAAGGCUCUGGGAAAAACUUCAUCUAUGGUGGCAAAUUCCAAGAUCCAGCCACCAUGCUUUCCACUAUCGGCGAAAGCCAUGAUUUUUGGCUCAAACUAAUGCGCGGCAAGACUCAAAAGGACAAGAUCAACCGCGACCAGACAUCCAACCCUCGUUGGUGCAAGACAUUCGUUGACGCGAGCAACACUACCGCCAAGUUCAAGCUCCCAGCGAAGAGCAAUAUUCUGCCUCCGGCGAAGCGUCCUGCCCAAUACGAUCGCUGGUAUUAUCUCGACAAGGACUUCAAUAUCACUCCAGGACAGGUGAUUGAGGAGUAA